AUGGUUUCAAAUGAAAGACAGGUCGAUGUGCUGAUUAUUGGUGCUGGCCCAAUGGGGCUAAUGACUGCCUUAUGGAUGGCAGAGCUAGGAGUCGACACAUGCAUCAUCGAUGAUAAAGGAACGAGAGCCCUCAAUGGUCGUGCCGAUGGGUUCCAUGUGCGCACGGCAGAGAUCUGGGACAGUUUCGGCAUCCAUGGAGUCCUGCAGAAGUUUGGAGUCCGAUUUGAUGAGUGGUGUCUUUGGGCGCCAGGAGAUGAUGGCCGACUGUCGAGACAACAGAGGCAGAGUAUGAUGGGGUUAGAUAUCUCGAGAAUGAGCACCUGCACCAUGCAUCAAGGCAACACGGAGGCCACUUUGAUCGAUGCGAUUCGACAACGAUCUGGUCCGGAGGUCGAACGAGGCGUAGUGCCCAGUUCUAUGGAGCUCGAUGAGAGUCUCGUGGACGAUCCUGAGGCAUACCCAGUGAAGCUCCAACUGCGACACCAACGCAGAGAAGAUUUGGCUGUGUGGCGGACCAAUUCACAUAGUAUUCGCCCAGGCGGCGUGAUCCAGGAAGAAACGGGCAAGAUCCAGGGGGUUAUCUCUUCCUCCUUUGCAACCAAGAACGACACUAUCCCCUCGGUCAGCAGCGAGGAGGGAAGUACGACCACCAUCCAAGCCAAAUAUGUGGUUGGCAGUGACGGCGCCCAUAGUUGGGUACGCCGCCAGUUGGGCUUCCCAAUGGAAGGCACCUCCACCGAUGCCAUCUGGGGAGUCAUUGAUGCCGUGUUCAUCACCGAUUUUCCAGACUUUCGGAAACACUGCACGAUCCUCACCCGGCACGGAAGCAUUCUGAGCGUGCCACGCGAGGACGGCAUGACUCGGUUAUAUGUGCAACUUCCCGCGUCAUUUUCCAAUGCAUCGGUUACGGACUCUACAAUGGGGACGCAAAUUGUUGCCGUCGCCCGCAAGAGCCUCUUUCCUCAUACUCUGACGUAUUCCUACUGCGACUGGUGGACCAUUUACCGUGUGGGCCAACGAGUCGCAACCAGCUUUGCACACCAGAACCGCAUCUUCCUCGGUGGCGAUGCGGUGCAUACCCAUACUCCCAAGUGUGGCCAAGGCAUGAAUGUCUCUAUGCAAGAUGCCUUCAACCUGGGGUGGAAGCUGGCCGGGGUGAUCAAGGGCCAACUUCACCGCAGCGUUCUUCAGACAUACCAAUCCGAACGCCGGCCCGUCGCUCAGGAUCUCAUCAACAUCGAUACCAGUCUCGCUAGCGUCCUGGCCAGUGAGACCAUGUCCGACCCCGUGGGGGUUGGGCAGGUGUACGGGCGACUCCGGAAUUACGCGAGCGGCGCGGACAUUUGCUAUCCUGCCAGUGCUCUGGUGGCAAGCGGCACGAGGGCGAAACAGCAUUUGGCCAGCCGUCUGAAACUAGGGAUGCGAUUUCCCAGUCACCCAGUCAUCAAUCACUCCAGUGCCGUUCCCAUCGAGAGCCAAUCUCUCCUCCAAAGUGACGGCCGCUGGCGAGUCUUGGUCUUCGCUGGUGAUGUGACGAACCCGACCCAACUGGAGCGUGUGAAUCGGUUGGGCGCAUUUAUCAGUCAAUUGAUGACUCAAUUCCGGUCGAUUCACCAAGGUCAGCCUUUUGUAGAAAACUUGAUCUUCUACUACAAUCGACUAGACCAGGUGGAGGUCGGCGACUUCCAUCACACCUUCUUCCCCUUGGACCCCUCCCGGGGAUAUAACUACAACUUGAUCUUCGCUGAUCCACCCGCCUCGCUAUCUCGAGGCCGUCCGGAGUCUGCGCAUGUGCAGUAUGGCAUCAGUAGCGGCAGGGGGUGUAUGGUGGCGAUACGACCCGAUCAAUGUGUGGGCUGGAUUGGGGAUCUAGAGGAUGAACAGGAGUUGCAAAGGUACUUUGCUGGGUUUAUGCGAGAGCUACUUUUCGACAUAGUAACAGUCAUCGAGACCUGCGAGGUCAUCCAGCUUGCCGCCUGUCUUCUACCCGCGUCGUAG